GCGCGCGGGGCCGAGCGCGGGGCAGCGGGAUGCGCGCGGGGCGCGCCCGGCCGCUCUCCCGCGCGGGACGGAGCCGCGGGAGCGGCGCGGCAGCGGGGAAGCCUCGGGCUGGCCGUCCGCAUGGAGCUGAGCAGCGCGGAAGGGGCGUCCACCCGGUUCCUCGGCCUCACCCAGCGCUCCAUCUCUGAAGAUCUGGGUUGCAGGCGCGGAGAGUUUAGCAGAAAGCAUUAUGGAUCUGUGGAGCUUCUUAUAUCCAGUGAUGCUGAUGGAGCCAUUCAAAGAGCUGGACGGUUCCGUGUGGAAAAUGGCUCCUCUGGUGAGAAUACAGACUAUGCUCCGGGUACAUGGCACAGAACGGAUGUGCAUUUGGAAAACCCAGAGUAUCAUACAAGAUGGUACUUCAAGUAUUUUUUAGGGAAAGUUCAUCAGAAUUAUGUGGGUAUGGAUGCAGAGAAGAACCCUUUCUUUCUGUCUGUUGUACUGUCUGACCAAAAUAAUCAGCGCAUUCCUCAAUACCAUUCAAUACUUUGGAGAAAAACAGGUACUCAGAAAAUAUGUCUCCCUUACAGUCCCACAAAAACACUAUCAGUGAAAUCUAUAUUAAGUGCUAUGAGUCUUGAUAAAUUUGAGAAGAGCCCAAGAGAAAUUUUUCAUCCUGAGAUACAAAAGGAUUUAUUGGUUCUUGAAGAGCAAGAGGGAUCGGUGAAUUUUAAAUUUGGAGUCCUUUAUGCUAAGGAUGGUCAGCUUACAGAUGAUGAAAUGUUCAGUAAUGAAACUGGAAGUGAAAGCUUUCAACGAUUUUUGCAACUCUUGGGUGACACAAUUACUUUGAAAGGCUGGUCUGGCUACAGAGGAGGACUGGACACUAAAAAUGAUACAACAGGAACCUGUUCCAUCUAUACAGUUUUUCAAGGGCAUGAAAUUAUGUUCCAUGUUUCAACCAUGCUACCGUAUUCUAGAGAAAACAAGCAGCAGGUAGAAAGGAAGCGACAUAUUGGAAAUGACAUUGUCACUAUCAUAUUUCAGGAAGGUGAAGAGUCUUCUCCAGCAUUCAAGCCGUCCAUGAUUCGCUCUCAUUUUACACAUAUUUUUGCUUUAGUGAGAUAUAAUAAGCAGAAUGAUAGUUACAGGCUGAAAAUAUUUUCAGAAGAAAGUGUUCCUCUCUUUGGGCCUCCCCUUCCAUCCCCACCUGUGUUUACAAAUCACCAGGAAUUCAGGGAUUUUGUGUUGGUGAAAUUAAUAAAUGGUGAAAAAGCUACCUUGGAAACACCAACAUUUUCUCAGAAACGUCAACGCACUCUAGACAUGCUGAUCCGCUCUUUAUACCAAGACAUGAUGCCUGACCUACACAAGGGAAAUAACAUGCUUAAUAGAAGAUCCUUCAGUGAUGUGUUACCAGAGUCCCCAAAAGCAACACGGAAAAAAGAGGAAGCUCGACAAGCAGAGUUUGUUCGGCUUGGUCAGGCACUGAAAUUGAAAACCACUGUGAAAGGGGAUACCACAGCUAACUUGGCAACCACAAGCUUUUGUAAAAAGGAGCCUUGGGAAUCUCAGUCUUUCUGCAGUAAUUUUCCUCAUGAGGUUGUCUGUGCAGAUUCUUGGGGCCAGUCCUUGCUGGUUUCUACAGAUGCUGGCAUCUUGUUAAUAGAUGAUGGUCAACCGUCAGUGCAAGUAUUUGAUAAAACUCUCCAAAUAAAGCAGAUGAAUGUGUUGGAAGCUCUGGAUCUUUUGAUUGCCCGAACAGACAAAGGGAAAGACUCUCGUAUCCUUGUCUUCAGACUCAGUGCUGUCCAAAAAGAUAUGGAGACAAAAAAAAAUAUAAGAAGCAAAUAUGACUGCAGAGAGAAUAAACUGGAGAGAACAAAAGGCUGCCAUUUGUAUGCCAUUAAUACUCACCAUGGAAGUGAACUGAGGAUUGUUGCGGCUAUUCGGAAUAAGCUACUUCUCGUUACAAAGAAAUAUAAUUCAGAAAACACUUCAACUAGCACCUCUCUGCUAUCAUCUCCUGAAUCUCCAGUAGAGGAGUUCCAGUACAUCCGGGAAAUAUGCCUUUCUGACCCUCCAGUGGUUAUGGCGCUGGUGGAUGGACCUACUGGAGACAGUGACAAUAUGAUCUGUGUAGCAUAUCGGCAUCAGUUUGAUUUAGUCAACGAGAGUACAGGGGAGUCUUAUAGAUUGCAUCAUGUUGAAACAAACAGGGUUAAUUUUGUUGCAGCUAUUGAUGUAUAUGAAGACGGUGAAGCUGGUCUACUGUUGUGUUAUAACUAUGUUUGUCAAUACAGAAAGGUAUACCCUUUCAAUGGAGGUUCCUCACUGGUCCAGCCAUCCGCUUAUGACUUCCACUUCAGCUGGAAUCAAGUUCCUUAUGCUGUUGUCUGUGCUUUCCCUUAUGUUCUUGCCUUCACUACCGAUUCCAUCGAGAUCCGAUUAGUGGUGAAUGGGAACUUAGUCCACACAGCAGUUGUGCCUGAGCUUCAACUUGUAGCAUCAAGGUCGGAUAUUUAUUUUAAAGCUACUGCUGCAGUAAGUGGAUCCUCUGACAGCAGCUCUAAGGAAAUGAGUUCAAAGAAUUCUCCUCAAACCCCAACAGCUUACGAAAAGCCAGAAUUACCUCUUCCUUCUGUAGAAGAUGAAGCUCCAUGCAAAAAUCUGUACAAAAUACCUCUCAGCAAUCUGGUUGGACGAAGCAUUGAACGACCUCUGAAGUCACCUUUGGCUCCCAAAGUCAUCACUACUACAACAUCAAGUGGCAUUACCUCUCUUCCAGUUAUGCACUCGCUACCUUUAUCUCGUGUGGAAAUUAAAGAAAUUGCAAGCAGAACGCGUAAAGAAUUGCUGGGUCUUUUGGAUGAGCCUAUACCCAAGAUAGAAAGUGCACAGAAGCUGAAAAAGGUUUCUCGAAGACAGUCAGACCCAAAGCAGGGAGCUGUAAGAUCAUCUAGUAGUGACAGGAUAUCAAGCUCAUUUGAAGGCUAUCCUGAAAGAUGUCCUCUUUCCACUAGUUCAGAUCCUGAUACUUCAGCAAACAGGGAGGAGAGCUCACCAUCUAGCUAUCCAUUUCAGCUGAUUUCCUUAUAUGAUGAAGACAUCAUUGACUUAAAAUGAAGAUACUUUUAAAACCCUUUUUCCUUACUUCACAUUUUCUUACAGCUCUGUAAGCUCUAUGGCAAUGUCACAAACACUGUUUCUGGUAGUAAAAUGUGGCUGGAAGUACUGGUGAUAAAUCCUUAUGGAACCCAUAGUCUGGUUAGCACAGCCUGAUUUGGCAAUGCUUGUAUCUUUAACAUAGGUAUGUUUUCUCAGUAAAAGCAUUACUUUUCAUGGCAUUCUAAUAGUAGGUAAUCAAUGGAGGGUUUGGGCUGAAACUGAAGUAAACAGAAGUAUUACUUGUUCUAAGCUUCUUAUAAUUUGACUUACCUAAAUGACAUGCAGCACAGUUAAUUGCUGUAAUUACUAUCAUGAGUUGUUUUACAAUAAUGUAUGUCAUGUUGGAAGAGGAAUUUUGUAACACAGAUCGCUACUUUUGCUUUUUUGGUCUUUAAAAAACAACAACAACAAUAACAACAACAAAAAGGCUUGCAGGCAAGGUCAUUUCAAACACUGGAGUGAGUCUCUAAAUUCAUGCAUAUGUAUUAUGUUCACUGAAGAAUCAGGUGAGAUACGAAGAUGGCGUUUCCUUGGCUCCUUGUUUAGAGAAAUUUGAAAACUCUUUUAGCAUAAAGAAUCCCUGAGCAGAGAACCUUUCUAUAGGACACACAAACUUUCAGAGUAUUUCUUGAAAAUGGGAAACUAAAAAAACCUAAAAAACCCCAUGAACAAACAAAAAAAUGAUGAAACAAAAACUCCAGUGCAUCUACUAGAAAACUCUUAUUGUAGUUCAUCUGCAGAUUUUUCCAUUGCAGGCAGAAGAGCCAACCCAAAUUACUGUGUUAAACGACAGGGGUUUAUAUUUAAAGUUUGAUCUUUUUUAAUCCUUUCCUCUAGAAUAGCUUUGCAAUGAUUGUUUGUUGUUUUUUUUUUAAUGCAAGCCUUUCUAUAUAUGAUGAUUUUAGCUUUAUUAGCAAGUGUUUCUUGUUCUAAAUGUAGAAAUAAUUCUGUAGCCAUGAUUUUAUUUCAUAAUACCAUGAUGUCAUGAUUUCACUUUUGUUCAAGCAUGAUAAUCUGAAGAUGCGUGCCUUUUGCUGCCAUCUGUCUGAAUGUACAACUGGUUUUGCGAAGUGAUUUUUUAAUCAGUUUAUUGUAUAAUAUGGCUGAAUUGCUUUACUUAAGAAAAUAUGCAGAGUCUUACCUGGAAGCAUAAUUUUUUACUCUCAACUGGGGUGGCUAAUCAACAGAAGCAAUAUUUUCAAUAGUAAUUAGCCUAGGAAUAGAAGGCUGUUAUUACUUUAGUGGAUUUUGCACUCAUAGAUGUGUGGGGUGAUAAGCAUUUAAAAGGAAGUACUAGAUUCAAGUAUUUGCAAAAACUUGUAAUUAUUUUUUGAGAAUGUUGUUUCCAGAGAGUGAGUGUGUUACUUUAUUCUAUCCUAACUUAUUUGGACAGUUAAGGCUUAAAGAAAAUCAAUCUGAAAAUACCACGUGGUACUUAUUUUCCUGGAAGUUGUAAACACUUCUGAAUCCACUUGUGGGGUCAUUGCUGUCACUUAUUUUUAAAAAGGAAAAUAACCAGCCUUUUCCAUGAACAGCUCUCUCAAUGUAGUAUUUGAUUUCUGGUUUGUGGCUAUUUUUGAAGACUGUACAAGUGUGUUCUAAAACUGGGGCUUUAGUUAAAAUUUUAACUGGAAACUUUGCUUUACUUUGUGAGGAUACUGGAUUUUAAAUAUACUGCAGAUGUUCACCUGUGCUGUCACAGCAUAAUUUAAAAUGAUUAACCAUUGUUUGAUAGCAGUUGAAGCAAUAUAUGGAGAUUUUUAAAUUUGUUUUGAAGAAUCUGAGCAAACGCAUACUUGGGUGUCCUGAAAGACUAGCCUUAGAGAUGGAGCACUAGGGAGAACAAGAAUGAGAAGAGCUUGACAGAAAACUUGACGACUGCCUAUGAUGGCAGUCAGAAUGCAUUUAGAUACAGCAUUUGCAUUAUAUCCUAAACGUGAUUAUAGAAGAAAGUACUAUAAAGCAAGAGUUAUUUUCUUGAACCAGGAGUGCAGCAGUGGCUGUAAAGUAUUACCAUUAAUUAAGAGAGCGUUGGGGGUGUGUGUGUGUAUGUGAGAGAAAGACCCUUUGAAGGUUUGCCUGUAAUUACAGCAUUGAUGACAUCUAGCAAAUGAACUAUAAAGAGUACAGAUAGUGGAUUAAUGAAGCACAAAACCAGAUCAUAUUGGCUUCAUGGUACAUACCUAGAACAGGAUAUUGGUAUUAUUUGAAGAGAGAAGCCCAGCAACUGCAUCCCUGCCCACCUCCCACCUGCUUUUAUGCUAUAGCUUGACUUAAUGGGUCUGGUACAAGCAAGUCACACUAGGAACUACUAGAUCUUAACAGACCAUUGCUGAAUCCUGGAAAAAAAAUUAAUGUCUUCAUUCUUAAUAUAUCCAGUAAGUGUCUUGUUAAGUUUUUGCUUCUGUAUUUAGAGUGUCAUAGAGGAAUAAUACCUAAUGUGGCAAAAGAAGUAGAGACUGGUACAACAUUUUGUUUGGGUUAUAUGACAGUUAGAGUUGGUAGCUGAGGCUUUAGAGUCAUGUAUAUUUAGUUUACUACCUACUUAGUGUAUGAGAGCAGCCCAGAAUGUAGGUAGAAGGCAAAGAAAAUGGAAAUAAUAUUUCAAUUUUAUUUGACACAAGCCACAGCAACCAAAUUCUGUGAAGAUCUUGAUCACAUUUAUUGUAUCAAAAGAAACAAAUACCAACACAAUCAUGUGAAAUUGCUGGUAUACACAACCUUGUACAAGGAUGUGGCUUUGAGUUUUUAGUAGUCUGAACAGACAACCAUGAUUUGUGUGUGUCUUCAUGUGAAGAGAACUAACUUCUAGCCAUUGUUUCUCUCAAAACAUCAUCCUUACUAUUCAGACUGCUAAUUAAAAUCUAGAGGCAGUUGGUGGUAUUGAUACAGGUCUUGUGCAUCAUUUAUAAAGGGCAAAGUUCUUACAAACCUGUGGAACCUCUCCUUAAGACUGGCAUAAGAUGACAAGGCUUUUGGAAGGCUGCUGGGACGGCUAUAGUGUUGUUCACUCCGGCGUUGGAGCCAUGUUAUUUGCCCUCUGUUUUUUCUAGCAUGUGCAUGCAUAUGCUCUCUAAAACAGUAGUCUUAGGCAGAAAUUGCAGCCUUGUCCGCUGUAAGCACAACCCUUUCUCCUUUCACAUUGGGUGUUAAAGCUGCCUGUAGGCUGCAUUCUUGAUACUGGCUGACAAUCUCAUGGUUAGGAGAAAAGAUAACCUUUGAAUCUACAACUAUGGAAGAUGGGUGUUGUUCUGAUAGGAAAACUGAAAGAUGUUUCUACAGAGGGAUGGAAGGAAGGAAUUGUUUCCGUGAAGGAAGAAUUGUUAUCAGAUUGAACGCUUGCUAUCAGGCUAAGUUUAACUGAAGGCCCAUUCUGGACUCUUGGCUAAGUUUCGGCAAGAAAUACUUUCAAUCCCAAUGUGCUGGAUUUGUAGGCAGCAGCAGGGCUCUUAACUCCUUCUGGCUAAAUGGUGUUGGUCACCACUUCAUCCCUGUGCCUUAGUCUGACUAAAUUAUAGGAAUGUCAUUUACACUGGUGCAAGCAUGAGAUUGUACAGGUAGUUAAUUUAGAAUGUACUUGUAUGUUCUCACCAGCAUGGUUAAUGAUGCAUGGAAUCACAAAAUAGUUGAGGGUAGAAAGGACCACUGUGUUAUCGUCUAGUGUAGUACACACACCUGUGCACUGUAAUUCAGAAAUCUGUUCAAAUUGGAUAUACAACAUUUUGUCCUGCAUUUGAAUUACUGCAUGCAUAUAAACCAUAACCACAACUUGAAGUGUGAGUAGGACUUAAGAACCCCCACACAAGAGCUAAAUUAAUUCACACACACAGAAGAAUAUGGAGCCCUUUAGGCUUUGAUGAGCUGCUUGCAAGGUCCCUAAAGCCCAGUUUGGGCUUUAGAAACCAGUACAAAUAGUCAUUUUUGUCCAGUUUCUUAUUCUAGUGGCAAUACAGUACACAUAAAUAUUUUGUAUGUGUUUGAAAGUAACAAAACACUUCCUUCUAAUAAGAAACAAAGACCCACAUGAAAUUUGAAGGAGAUGUGGCUAUUCAUGGUAGCAAGAGAACUGCUUUCUAGGUUCAGUGAAUGCACACAUACAUUCAGUUUCCUGGUUUGCAAAGAAGCAAGGCCUGCUCUAGUUAUAGUCCUUUACGAGUUUGGUGGUGUGGGGGAGAUUCCUGUUUGUUUUGGUUUUUGUGGUUUCUGGAGGCUGGUGGUGUGGGCAGGUUCUUUGUUGGUUUGUUGGUUUGUUGGUUGGGAUUUUUUUCAGAUUUUGGAGGGGUGGGGUUUGGUUGGUUGGGUUGGUUUUGGUUGUGGUUUUUUGUUGGUUUAUUUUUUUGGUUUGUUGUUUGGUGGUGGUUUUUUUUUGUUUGUUUGUUUUUUUGGGAUUUUUUUGUUGGUCUGCUGUUGUUUUUCAAUGCAUAACAUACAUGCAAGUAUGCACCUGGAAUGAACAGCUGGUUUGUUCUCUGCCUUCAUGUGAUUAUUUCUAUAAAUGUGGACAUAUUUGUAAUUGAUAGAUUCAAAUUGAAUUUUUUUAGUACUUGACAGUCAACUGAAUAAAUAUUUAAACAGUAGUUAAGAGGGCAGGGAAUGGGUAACGUUACUGCCUAACUAGUUAUGUAUGGUUAAGGUUGCUACUCCUGAGAUAUAUUUUCUGCUGUUCUAAGUAUAUUUGACCAGUAAUGGCUAGCUCGAACAUGUUUUUCUAAAGGUGUGGGUCUGUAACUCGGCCUUGCAGAUGCAGUGGCUUUUCCAGAGCUGUUGGCUUAGUCUGCAUUUGAAAUAUAUAACCCUUUUCAUUUGGAUUUGGUUUUCAAUAUAUAUAUAUAUACAUAUAUAGGUAUAUAUAUUUGUAACUUCUACUGUAAAUUUUCAGGGAUUAAAAAUCCUGACUUAUAUAUAUAUAUAUAUAUAUAUAUAUAUAAAUUUAAAGUAAUGGGAUCAUAAAAGGCAGGGGAAGAGAAAAUCCCAUCAGCAAGUGAUAAGAUUUUUCAGAAUAAUUUCUGUUGGCUUCCGUGUAUGAAAAUGGGUAUCGCGCUGUUUUCAUUCUUCACAAUUUGAUGUCAUGGUCCAUAUGCACAGCGCUUGCAUAUUCUGUUAAAGCACUGUUUUCUCAGAUAGGCUUAAUUUGUUCUUGUGAAGGACUAUAUUAUACCUUGGGAACCUAAUAUUAAAAAUAUGGGAAGGCUCAAGAGAUUAUGCAGCAAACAUCUGUACUUGCAUGCAGGUUAGAAAGUAUUUUUACUCUUAUUACUUCAGCACAGCAACUUCACCAGCCUGUAUACUGCUUAGCUGCUUCACUUUGUUGCUGACCUGUAAAUGACUGACUCCUUUUUGCUACUGGAAAUUGUACUAGCAUCUGACUUGAAGAGAAAAUGGAGACAAUUUUCUGCAUAUUUACCUGGUCAUAUGGAAAAUGUUAUGUAAAGGUUUAUGCAGAGCGUUACCAAUCUAGAAAGUCAGUUUAAUUGUCUUUGAAUGGUAGCAGACUGCUUGUAAUUUAAUAAUGGCAUAUUGCUAAGACUGUUGCUACGUUUGUGAUCAAAGACUCUUUACCAUUGGUCUUAAAUGCUGAUGUAUUACCAUUGUUUUUAAUGUCAUAUGAUAGCAUGUAUUGUUUGUAUUUUAGAUACAACAUCCAAAUAGAAACAGUCCUAUCUCAUCUGAAACUGUUUAAAGUGCUGUUUAUCACCUUUGUGAAGAAGAAACAUGAUUUAUUUCUUCGUCUGUAAUAAACUAUAAAUUUGACCCCA